AUGAAAUUGGAUGCAAAAGUAUUACGUUAUAUGAGCUCGGAAGAGUUCCGUGUUCUUACAGCUGUCGAGAUGGGUUCAAAGAAUCAUGAAAUAGUACCUACACCACUUAUUGCCCAAAUAGCUGGUUUACGACACGGUGGAAGUCACAAAAUAUUAGGUGAACUCGCAAAGAAAAAUCUUAUAUCCAGGGUAAAAAAUGCAGAAUAUGAUGGAUAUAGAUUAACUUAUGGUGGUUAUGAUUACUUGUCAUUAAAGACAUUUGUAAAACGAAGUAGCAUUUAUUCUGUAGGAAAUCAAAUUGGUGUUGGAAAAGAGGCAGAUAUUUACAUUGUUGCUGAUGAAAAUGAAAAUCAACAUGUUCUAAAGAUUCACAGACUUGGUCGCAUUUCUUUUCGAGCAAUUAAAUCAAAACGUGAUUAUCUUCAAAAACGAAAAUCUGCAUCUUGGAUGUAUAUGUCAAGACUAGCAUCUAUUAAAGAGUUCUCAUUUAUGAAGAUAUUACAUGAAAAUGGAUUUCCUGUCCCUAAACCAAUUGAUAACAGUCGACAUUGUUUAGUAAUGGAAUUUAUUGAUGCAUAUCCUCUGCUUGCACAAUGUGGCCUUAUUCAUGGAGAUUUUAAUGAGUUUAAUAUUCUUGUUAAAGAAAAUGGAGAUCCCAUUUUAAUCGAUUUUCCACAAAUGGUAUCAAUAUCGCAUCCAAAUGCUGAAUGGUAUUUUAACCGCGACGUAGAAUGUAUACGAACUUUUUUUAGAAGGAAAUAUAAUUAUGAAAGCAUGUUAUAUCCCAAAUUCAAACUUGAUGUAAAUCGAGAAUUUGAUUUAGAUGUUCAAGUAACAGCAAGCGGUUUCACAAAACAAUAUCAAAAAGAAUUGGAAACGUAUCAAAAUGAAAUAUGCAAAUCGUUAGAUAAUUAUGAUAGUGACGAUAGCAUGGUAAAAAUGAGUUUUGUUGUAUAA